UAUUGAAUUUAACAUCGGCAUGUCUUUUUGUUUUUGGAUCAAGGAUCAAUAGACAACAAGCAUUUAAAAAAAAAAUCAAAAAUGAAACUUUUAACACAUAAUUUUCUAACAUCUAAAUGUCUAAAAGGUGUUGUUACGGGUUAUCCCUUGAAAUUAGUAGUAAAUGAAAUGAAUCAGACACAAGUUGAUUUUAAUCCUGAUUUCAUUAAACGAAUAUUGCCUAAAAUGGAAUACGAUGCACUUAGAGAAACGGCAACAACAGUUGGUGUAGAAUUACCUGUACAAAAAGAUGAAACAGGUAAUGAAGAUUUUCUUCGACAAUUACAUCAUGCAUUGCUUGAAAUCGAAAUUGUCAAUGGUGAUUUAAUAUGUCCGGAAACGGGUCGAAAAUUUCCCAUUAAGGAUGGUAUACCUAAUAUGUUGUGCAAUGAAGAUGAAGUUUAAUCAUUACAAACAAUAUAUUGAUUGUCAUUCUUUUCGUUUUUGGAAUCCGGAAAAAAAUAAAUUGAUUCAUCAACAUCAUUCAUCA